AUGCUCGUAUCACCGCGCAGCCCCCAGCGGCGCCGCCUAAUAACUGGGAGAGCUGGGGCACCUGGAGCUGCCGGUCCCAGGGGAGACAAAGGUGACAGGGGCCCCAAGGGAGAGCCAGGCAGCCGUGGGCAGGAUGGGGCACAGGGCGAGCCGGGCCCCAAGGGCGAGCCGGGCGACAAGGGCACAUGGGGGGAGGGUUUACACCAGCUCCGCGAGGCUUUGAAGAUUUUAGCGGAGAGGGUUUUAAUCUUGGAAACAAUGAUUGGGCUCUAUGAACCAGAACCUGGCUCAGGCAGUGGCCCCGGGGGCCCACCAGCACCCAGCACCCCCCGUGCCAAGCGUGGCCGCUCACCCCUCACCCACCAGGCUCUCCCUGGCCAGCCCUAAGAGUGCAGCCACGCUGUGUCCCCGCUGUGUACAUGGAGGUCCUGGUGCUACCCGGUGGCAUUGCACCGGUCGGACCCCCCCAGCUUUGGCCCUGCUGCUCUGCACCCCAGUUUUGGGGAGCACGGCCACCCCUGUGCUUGGGGGGCUGCAUCCUGCACGCUGUCCUGGCACUGCCUGGGCAUUAAAGGUGUCCCCAGA